AUGCUUAAAUAAGAUUAAGAAUUUUAAUGUUUUUUAGUUGACAAUGAAUAUUCAAAUCUAGUUGACUAAUAGGAGACUUUUAAAAAGAUUGACAAAUAAACAGACUCUUAAUUUUGUAAUUUUCUUAAAAAUAAAAUUUUAAAUGAUAAAAACAAAUUAGAGCAAUUAUUGAUAAGAAUUAAUGAUUAGUGGAAUAAAAAUUAGAUAGUAGAACUUAAAAGAGAAGAAAUAUUUACUUUAAUCAUAUUAAUGUUUCUUAAAUUAAUAUAUAGAUAGAAAUAGUUUGGAGGAUUUUAUAUUAUUAAUAUGGAUAAUUUAAAGAGAGCUUAAAAUUAACUUUGUUAUUAGAAGAUGUUAUGUAUAGAGAAUUAUAUCAUGUUAUACUACUAGAAUUAAGAUAAUGUUUCAAAUUUUUCAUUUGAUAGUGAUGAAAAAGUGAUUUUUAAAGAUUAAAUUAUUAAAUUCAUAAAAAAUACUCAAAAUAAUGAAUUUUAAUACAAAUAAGAUGAUGAUAAGAGCAAAUAAAAUAUAAAUAUAGAUAUAACCGAUACUAGAAAUGAAGAUUAAAUGAAUUCAACUGUUGUUGACUUUGCAGAUGAACAUAUUGGAGGUUUGACAUUGGAUAGUUAUAAUUGUGCAUAAGAAGAAGUAUAUAAUUAUUAUAAUAAUUAAGAUUCUUAUGCUUAUAUAUCCAGAAGCUUUAGUAUCUAUGAUAUUUAUUCCUCCCAUGCAGGCAAAUGAGGCAGUUUUAAUCACAAAUAUAAAGAAAUACUCAAAUUAUUCUGGAUAUGAGUAAUCUUUCAGAUGGAAAUAAUAAAAUAAUUUCAUAAACUAAUGUUAUAAUAUGCUUGUAAUUAUUUUACAUAUUUAGGCCAUUGAUGCAAAGCCCUUUAGUGGAAGUUAAAUGUAGUUUAAGAAGCCAAAUUUAGAUAGAGAAAUGCUUAAAUGUUAUUCAGGAUUUUUAUUAGCUUUAAAAUACUAACCUGAUUAAGAUAUUUCAACAGGACGGUGGGGAUGUGGUAUAUUUGGAGGAAAUCAGUAUUUAAAAACUAUUAUAUAAUUGACUUGUUUUGCUUAAGCAAAAUAUGAAACAAAUUAGAGUAAGGCAAAAUUGAUAAUUAAUGCUUCUAGUAAUGAAGAUCUAAUUAAAUUUGGAAAAAAUCUUUAAUAAUAUGAACCAGUAUUAAAUUUAUAGAAUUUAAAACAAUUGAUAAAAAUUCUAUAAGAAUUUUAAUUUUAAAAUGAUUACCAAUUCUAGAAAAAGAUAAUAGAUUACCUUUCUUCAUUAAUGAAAUGA